AAUAAAAUGAUCUGGAGGGCCGGAUCCGGCCCCUGGGCCUUGACUGUGAAUUACAGGAUGAACCCGUGUCAGGGCUUCAUGGUGGAGUAGUGGUUAGCACUCUUCCAUCGCAGUGAGAAGAUCCUGACUCAAACCCCAGCUGGGUCCUUCCUGUGUGGACUUUGCAUGUUCUCCUCGUGCACGUGUGGAUGAUCUCCGUCCACGCAGGUUUCCUCCUACAGGGCAAACACAUGUCAUGGGUUCACAGGAAUCUUUUUUCUUGUGCAUGUUUGAAGCAAAGAUUUCAUAUCAUUGAUGGUCUCUGUGAUCGUCUCCUGCUGAUGGACUCGUUGGUGGGUGAUGUGGGGGUGUCCAGCUACUGUCAAUGAUUAGUAUUCAGUCGUCUUCCUCCCUCUCCUCCAUGGGCUCCUCCCUCCCUCCAUCCGUCCCCGCAUGCCUCCCUGCUCUGAGCGUCCGUCCAGUCGCCUGUCAGCCCUCAGCUUGUGAGCAGCCACGUCCUUCUCGGCUGAGAAAAGCCUCUUUAGCUGGAGCGCCGGUGGCGGCGGCCUCUGUAAUCCUUUAAGAAGCGUCAGCAGACUGCAGAACAAGCAGCUCAGGCUCUGAAACAUCUCACGUUCCUGCAGUUGCUGGUGAGAUGGCCUUCAGCGACCUGCUGGAGGAGGUGGGGGGGUUCGGCCGGUACCAGUGGCUCCAUGUGACUCUCAUCAGUUUGCCUGGUUUGAUGAUGGCCAGUCAGAACCUGCUGAACAACUUCGUCUCCGGGAUCCCUGCCCACCACUGCAACCUGCCAGCCAAUCACAGCUCACACAACCUGUCGCUCUACAACCAGGUUGAUGAGAAGCAGCUCCUGAGAGCUUUCAUUCCUCCAGACCCUUCAGGGAACAGACUGGACCGAUGCAUGAGGUACGUGCAGCCGCAAUGGCACCUGUUAACCACUAACAGCUCUGCCAAUGUUAGUGGGCUCCAGACUGAAGGUUGUGUGGAUGGAUGGACCUUUGACCAGUCAGAAUUUAUUUCUACCACCGUUUCUGAGUGGGGUCUGGUGUGCUCCCUGCGCCCCCUCAAGCAGAUGAUUCAGUCCAUUUAUAUGGGUGGAGUUCUAACAGGUGCCAUAAUCUACGGCGGCCUUUCAGACAGGUUUGGGAGGCGAUCGGUCCUCAUUUGGUCCUACCUGCAGAUAGGCCUACUGGGCUGCGGCUCUGUGCUCUCUUCUUCGUUCUCAGUCUAUUGCGUUUUUCGGUUUCUAAAUGGCAUGGCUGUGUCUGGAGUCAUCCUCAAUGGCUUCUCAUUAAAGGUGGAGUGGAUCCCAACCAAAACAAGGACAGUUGUGGGCACACUCACAUCCUUUUUCUUCACAUUCGGUCAGAUGGUCUUGGCGGGACUUGCCUAUUGGCUGAAAGACUGGAGGAAGCUUCAGCUUGCUGUGUCUGCUCCUCACUUCCUGUUUUUUGCCUACAGCUGGUGGUAUUCAGAGUCAGCCCGUUGGUUGGUGGUAAACCGUCGGUCUGAAGAAGCAUUAAAAAGUCUUCAUCGAGUCGCUCGAAUCAACGGAAGACCAGAAAUCGCCAACAAGCUGACAGUAGAGGACCUACAUUCUCACAUGAGGAAAGAAAUCGAGUCCAGUCGAUCGUCAUUUACGGCAAUCGAUCUGCUGAGGACCAGAGGGAUGAGGCGAAUCUCCAUCUGUCUGGUUGCUGCUUGGUUUUCAACCAGUUUUGCAUACUAUGGUUUAGCAAUGGACCUGCAGAAGUUUGGGGUGAGUAUUUACCUGAUGCAGGUCAUCUUUGGAGCUGUAGAUAUUCCAGCCAAAUUGUUUGCUCUGGGCAUACUCAGUUACCUUGGGAGGAGGGUAUCUCAGGUGUCCUGUCUUUUUUUGUCGGCUGUCAUCAUCUUUGCCAACAUCUUUGUCCCUACAGACAUGCAGACCCUCAGGACUACCCUUGCCUGUCUCGGUAAAGCCUUUACUUCUGCAUCCUUUACUACAGUCUAUCUGUAUACUGGAGAGCUGUACCCAACUGUCAUAAGGCAGACAGGAAUGGGCUUCGUUUCUACCAUGGCAAGGGUGGGCAGCAUGGCAGCUCCUGCCGUCCUGAUCCUGGAUGAGGUCUGGCCUGCUUUACCCAGCAUUGUGUAUGGUGGUGCUGCAGUUCUGGCUAGCGGUUUUGCCUGUUUCCUCCCGGAGACUCUCAACGUACCACUGCCUGACACAGUCGAGGAUGUAGAGGAGAAAUGGUCAAAAGGAGGAUUCAAAUUUAGACUGAAAGAAGGAAGGACAAAGGAAGGCGGAGCCUCGGUCAGUGACACGUGCCAGCAGGGAGGGGUGGCCACAAAGGAGGCUCUUCCCUUAAAGGAACUGAAGGAGACAGAAGAAAUUGGUCUUAAUGCGCUCUGACCAAUCAUGAGUCCACAUGAGGAUCCUGGACGUCCCUGAAGCUGACCAAUCAGAUGUGGUGUUCAAAGUGCCUUUUUAGUCGUAGAAAUGUACUAAUGAUGCAAAGAAAAAAAUGCAUCUAAAAAUAUUCAGAAAACUGAAUAAGCAAUGAGUAAUUACAAACUGAUGGAUUUACUGCAUGGAAACAGAAGCAGACACCAAAAAUGAAACAGUCUGAUUUCAGUAGAAAUCAAAAUAAUGCAAUUUGAAGGGAAAAAGUGAUUAGUACUAAUUAUAGACAUAUAAUAACCACUGGACAAAGUGAGGUAUUGACAUCACUCAAAGAAAAGGCCUUACCUCUGGCCCUCGUGAAACCAGGCUAAAGUCGUCACCGUGACUUCCAGAUACAGCUGCCACCACUUUGAAACCCGUCAACAGCGAUUAGUCCGAGUCGGUCUGAGUCACGUUUUUAGGGGAACUACAGUAGCCAAUCAUGAGUGAGCUUGUUUGAAGUCCACACCUCGUCCACUGAAAGUAGCUUGGGAGAAGCUGUCAAUCAAACAUUGGGUGGAGCCAGGGUGACCACAUACUUUUACUGAGGCAUCUGAUUGGCUAGUUUAUAACUUGAAUAACUUGCAAUAAAGAAAACAUCUCUUUUAAAAAAUAGGAUUAUAAAGAAUAUGUUAAGAAGAAUGUAUCAGAGCAUAAGUGGUUAUUCUAAAAAGAAAAGUUUGUCAAAUAACUGUCUAUUUCUCAACAAAAGUUUAUGGGAUUUUGACUUCAGGAUCCAGGUGGUUCUUCCUGUUUGAUAGGGGAGAGUUUGAGAUGUCCAGUGAUUAUACAGUCAAUGUUAUUAACUAAUCAAACUUGCUCUGAGAAUAACAGUUCAAAAUAAAAAUAUAUUGAUCAAA